AUGAGACAGAAGCCUCUCGCAGCGACAAGACCUGCAAGAGACAUCACCGAGGGAUUUGUGAACGCAACGAAGCAGCUGCCACCAGGCGUUCUGGUCAAGGAUGCCUAUUUCACGCUGUUCGAGGCCGUUGGAGCUCUUGAGAUUAUGGACUCAAAGAUGGACAGUGGCUAUAUCCCAGCUGGAGACACCUUUGAGGCCACGUUCGAUGUCUGCUCCCCUCUUGAUGCCGCCGAAGUCCUCUGGAUCAUGGACGAGAUCUUCCGACUGGAGCUGAUUUUCCAUGAUGGCUAUCCGCUCUCUCAAAAUUUAUUCACUUCGCUUCACAUCUUUCGCCUCCUCGAACCAGACAACAGAUAUCCCUACAACUUUCGCUACGACGUCGCAGCCCCCGGAGUGGCGAACGAUUCCACAAACGACGAUUUGGUCCACGUCGUCCUACGAGCUUAUUGCAUAGCAGUAAUCAAAUGCUGCGAGCUCACACUCAACAUGAUCCAAUCUCAAACUUUUUAUGAAGAAGAAGACUUCGUCACAUAUCUCUUUGGUCGCGAACUACUGGACGAUAUGGAACCCCAGGAAACUCUGCGUAUUCUGGUCGAUGCUAUGGACUGGGUGGAUAGCUCAGACCUGGAAGGUCCAUUAAAGUUCGCGAUCAAGCACAGGCUCGUCGCACGGGAAGACAUGCUCAUUGCGAUGGAUGGAAGAGACGAGCAGUGGGUGAAGGUGAAGAGCAAGAUUGGUGCCAUGGAGAAACACCACUCUCUCGCGAAGCCGACACCUGAUGCCUUCUCCGACAAGGUUCAACGACAGCUUGCUACUAGCACACCGCCGCGACCGAUGCCGCAGCUGGACUGGCAUGAUGCUCACAAGAAAUGGCUUCAAUUCUGCGAUGACAUGCUUGCCAUUCAGGCAUUGACGGCCCCAAGCGUGAGGCAAAGUCCGCAGUGUUUGCUCAAUGCUACUUGGGCCUUUGCAUAUCGGGACCCAGUACCGAACACAUAUGCACGGGCAACAAUGCAAGACGUACUGACGGGUGAAAACAAUGUCGCAGGAGAUGUCUCCCACUUUGACUUGAUGCUCAACGAUCUCAGAGAUCUGGUCCUGCCAGGAGAUCCUCUGGCCGACCCCGAGUCCUUUCAAAUCGAAGUGCCGACUGAUGUUCGACAUCAAGCCUCAAGACUCAUCGAAGAAUUCAUGAACCGAAUGUUCUCAGAGUACCUCAACAUCUACCGCACGAUAUGCCAGAAUCGAUGUCGCACGCGUCGACUCUUCACGCAGGCAGUGCCGCUGCUGGACGAGCUCGAAUGCGACGCGAGGGCCGCGGAUGAGCAUCUCAACAGUAUCGUGGCUCCUCGCAAAUUGAGGCAUCAAGGAAUGACCUUGACGCUUACGCCGUUCAGCCUGUGGACCAGAUUCUACAAGCUUCAAAUAUCGGCAUGGGUCAUCCAGCUCGGCUUUGAGACGGAUCUGUACUUACCAAGCGAGUUUUGUAUGAUGUACAUCCUACUUGGCUCGUUCUGCACAAUGCGAGAAAGCAUUGUCAAGUCUCUAGCUCUCCUCGCCGAUAGGCGACUGGAGGAUCUCGUCAAAAUGAACGGCAGUCAGAACUACAUCGAGCAGUGCAGAUCGUCCAAGCAGUGGUACCACAGCUUGUGUACAAUGGCAAAGGGCACAUUGGGAAUGGCAUACGCUCUGCAGCGCCUCUAUCUCCUCCUCGAGCACACGAAAUUGAUCGACACAAGUCCGAAACCUUACGAAGAGAGUCAGAUGCGCCAUGAAGCUCGUAUGAAGCCGCUGCUCAAUCUGGCGAACAACGCCGAGUUCACGCUGGGCUACGUACAGGAUAUGAAGGAGGAGUCCCUCGCCUCGACGAUCAAGGAGACGUGCGAUUUUGCACAAGGCCACAUCAACACAGCAAGGCAUUGGUUCAGUGAACAGAGGACCGCGAGUCCGAUGCAAGCGAGAUGCGUCGGCACGGAGGAUCGCUGGAAGCGGGAAUUGAAGAGUCUCGAGACAGUAUGCGUUGCGACAUCAGUAGCGAUCUCGCAGCUCCUACAUAUCUGCGAGAAACAUGGCAAGCGGAGCGUGGACACCGGGGUCGACCUCCGAAGUCUGGUCGAAGUCACCAUCCCGCCGCCAGGGAAGAGAUACCACGACUGGUGGGUCGUGCCGCAGCUUAAAGAGAAGUCAUAG